CAGAAUGCGCUUCUUUUUCUCUUCAUUUAUUCUCCUUUAUUUUCUUUUUUAUUUUGUAAUUGCCAAAGUAGAAGAAAAAAGGCCAAUAAAAGAAAAACAAAGUAAUUCUGUUAAUGAAGAUGAAAAUCAAAAAAUUGAAGAAAAAGAAGUUGAUUUAUCUAAUGGAUUCGGAACAGACAUUGAUUGGGUACAGUGGAACGAAGCUGUUUCUAUAGCUUUGGAUUUGAAUAAACCUAUAUUUUUGCUUAUACACAAAACUUGGUGUGGCGCUUGCCAAGCAUUGAAAAAAAGUUUUGCCAGUUCAAAUAAACGAGAUGAAUUAGUAGAAUUAAGCAAACAAUUUGUAAUGGUUAAUGUAGAAGAUGAUGAUGAACCAGAAGAGGAAGAAUAUGCCCCAGAUGGCCGUUAUAUUCCUCGAUUAUUUAUUUUGAAUAAAGAAGGACAUCCACUAACUGUGGAUAAUGCUAAAAAUUAUCCAAACAACAAACAAUAUUUCCCACAAGUUCCAGAUGUUAUAAUUGCAAUGAAACUUGGACUUAAAAAGUUCGAAGGGUCAGAAGAAAGGGAAGAGGUUGUUGAGGAAGAAAAGAAAGUGAAGAAAGAUGAAAAAGUGAAGGAAAAGGAAUUAAAGGAAAAAGCUAAAAAAGAAAACAAAAAACCAGCAAGCGGCGGCUGUCCACACGCAGCUGGCAAAGCUGCCAAAAAAGCGGAGGAAGAAGCAAAAAAGAAUAAAGUGGUCAAGGAUAAAAACGUUGAAACAAAAAAAGAAGCUGAUAAAAAAGUAAAGGAAAAAGUGAAGGAUGGAGCUACUAAAGAAAAAGAAGGGGCCAAAAAAGAAAAACAAAAGACUGCCGAAAAAACAAAGAAAAGUAAGGAGGACAAAGAAAAGCCUAAAAAGACUGAGAAAAAGAAGAAAGAAAAGGAAGAACUUUAAGAUAAAAAAAAUUCUUUCAAGUUUUAUAAAUUAUACAAUCAAACCUCUCUCAUAAAUACCACUUUUUGGGGAUGAAUUUAGCCGACGUAUGAAAGUGACGAGCAGAGGUGGAUCAGAAUUCCGACGUUUUUUCGUUCCAAUUUCCGAAAAAAUUUUAAUUUCCGAUUUCCGACUUUUGAGCCAGUUCCGAUUUCCGACACCUCGGACUGUUCCGACCCACCUCUGGUGACGAGGGGAUUCCAUAUGAGAGAGGUUUGACUGUAAUUUUUAAAAAUAAAGAGCUCCAAUUUGAAUUGGUGCUCUCCCUAAAUAUUUUAGGUUUUAAACAGGUUCGGGUAAAUAAUUGUAAUUCCCCUUUUCAUUAAAAAUACUUAAAAAGCGAGAGAUUUUUAUUUGCUUGAAAAUCAUUUUAAAAAUUAUUUUGUGUUAUCAUUAUUUUGUCAUUUGGGAAAAUAAUAAAAUAUAAUUAUAAUAUUAUUAAAAUCAUUAUCGCAAUCACUUAUAGGAAUGUAAAUUUAAUUAAUAUAUAUUUUUGUCUAUUACAUCGAUAAUUUGAGGAGGAAAAGAUAUUUUGCAAAUUAAAAACAAUAUUAUAUUUUUAAAUAACUUCUGUAAGAAGGUCACACAAUGUAGAAGCAACACCUUCUCUGCUACUUCGUAUUGUAAGUCGAUACAUCUAGUUUUUUGUAAAUUUUUUUAAAUUUAAAUUCUAGGGGUUUUUAGAGGUAUCUAAGGCAAAAAGAAUUUUGAAAUGUGCCCGAAGAUCGAAGAUAUUAAAGAUUGUCCGUGGAUUAAAACUCAAAAUCCUUGAUAUCCUCUUUAAAACUUUCAAAUCCAUCGAUAUCCCCUUUAAUUCCUCCUAUUUCCUCUUUUCCUCCUUUAA